CAGAUACAAAUUACACAAUCUCCAAACCACCCCCCUAAAAAAAAAAAAAACAAAAAACAAAAAACAAAAAAGGAAAGAAGAAGAACAACCUCAAAAAUGGGUGCAUCGCUGAAGCUGAUAGACGCGGUGCUGUUUGUGUUUUUCAUGGUGAUCGCAUUGGCAGCGCCACUGAUAGACGCGCAGACUUGUCUUCCUCUGAGCUUGUUCCCUGACUUGCUCCUCGACCUCAAGAACUGGUAUGCCCGCGAGUAUGGAGACUAUUUGGUAGCCGAGAAGCCCGAUUUCUUCGUUGGGAUUGUGUGGCUCGAGCUUUUUUUCCAGUGGCCGCUUUCUCUUCUCAAUUUGUAUGCUAUUCUGGCUCGGAAGCCUUGGUUUAAUACUACUUGCUUGAUCUAUGGGGCCUCUUGCUUAACUUCCAUGGUUACUAUAUUAUCCGAACUAAUUGGGUCUCACAAGGCGUCUGAUAAGCUAUUGAUGAUGUACUUCCCUUUCUUGGGUUUUGGUGUUUUAGCUAUUCUGCGUGGUCUGAUGCCACACUCUGGCAGGACUACUUCAACUAUUGGCAAGAGACCUCUACUGGGUAGGAAAAAGAGGGUUUGAGAUACUACUCAGAAACUCAAAUUUUGUAACCUUCUUACCCUUUUUUGAGUGUGUUUGUUAUCAGUUUGGUGAUUUCCUGAUUUAGGUGAUGUCUUAACAAACAAUUCAUUGGCAUUAUUAGUUGGCUUAAUUAUCAAACCAUAUAAGAUCUUGGAGUAAAUUGAAAAUGAAUGGUUGGACUUGGAGUUUAUUUUCCCCA